GGGCCAGGAGAGGCAGGCUCCUUGUAGCAGCCGCCAAGCGCAGCAGGUGGCUGGACUUGGUAGCGUUUCCCCGGGCGGGCAAGAAGAAGAUGCCGCUGGGGCUGAGAGGCAAGAAGAAAGACAAGUCCAAGGAGACUUCCAUGCUGGUGGAGGCUGAGGCUGCCGUGGCGGGCGGGAGGGGCGACGAGGAGGAGGCUUCCGCGGCAGCCGCCACCAUCGCCGCUGCCUCCGCAGCCCCUCAGGUCCCUAUCCGGCUCCUUUUCCACGCGCAGCUGGCCCACGGCAGUCCUACCGGGCGCGUGGAAGGCUUCGCCAGCGUGCGAGAGCUCUACGCCAAGAUUGCCCAGGCCUUCCACAUUGCCCCGACGGAGAUCAUGUUUUGUACUCUGAACACACACAAAAUAGAUAUGGACAAGCUCUUGGGAGUGCAGAUUGGUCUGGAAGAUUUCAUAUUUGCUCAUGUGAAAGGAUUGAAAAAGGAAGUAGAAGUUUUCAAAUCUGAAGAUUCUCUUGGGCUUACCAUUACAGAUAAUGGAAAUGGAUGUGCUUUCAUAAAGAGAAUUAAAGCAGGGAGCCUUAUUGAUCAAAUACAAGUGAUAUGUGUUGGUGACCACAUAGAAUCUAUAAAUGGAAAAAGUGUAGUGGGCUGUCGUCAUUAUGAAGUUGCUAAGAAUUUAAAGGACUUGGAGAAGGGCCAGACAUUUACACUAAAACUCAUAGAACCGCUGAAAUCCUUUGAUAUGAUUGAACCAAGGUCCAAAGGUGGAAGUUCUGUUGAGGGAAAAAUCACCAGGGGAAAAGAAACUCUUCGACUAAGAUCCAAAGGCCCUGCAACAGUGGAAGAAAUGCCUUCAGAUAUUGAAGAAAAAGCUAUUAAAAAGGUGGAUGAUCUUCUUGAAAUGUACAUGGGAAUAAGAGACCUUGAACUAGCGGCAACAAUGGUAGAAGCUGGAAAAGGCAAGAACAAUCCAGAUGAGUUUGCAGUUGCACUCGAUGAAGCUCUAGGAGAUUUUGCAUUUCCAGAUGAAUUUGUUUUUGAUGUGUGGGGAGCCAUAGGUGAUGCAAUGCAAGGACGAUUUUAAUGAGAAUUAGGCACAUUUAAGAUUAGGCACAAUGUCAGAUCUGGAGACAUAAAGCAUACUGCUAUAUGCCUGGCACUGGAUAUAAAACAGCUAAACAGAAGCAUCUGAUGCAUUGUUUGAAGUUAAUAGGGAUUUCUUUUCAAAUAAAUUUGUGUUCAAGACUUUACUGAUAAGACGCUUUUAAGCUGAUAUGGCACUUAAUUUGAAAUGCGCUCUCUGGAAAUCUUUUUUAAAACAGUAUUCUUUGGGUACUUAUUUUGCAGGUUUACUUUUCUUAAUUUAACAUGGGCACAUUGCAGAGGACAUGCUGAAAAUACAAAGAAAAUAGACUCUGAUUCCUAUAGUGAAAAUAUUAUUGCAAGUAGUAGCUGAACUGAAGCAAAAUUGUACUGAUGAAAUGUAUUGCUAACCAACCUCUGCCUUUUAUUCUUUCUUCUACAAUGACUGGCGAUUCCUUUAAGUACUCUUCCUUAAAACGGUGCCUUGCUCUGCUGUCCUAUGAAUGUUUACUAAUAAGUAAUUCUCAGUUGAUUAUGUGGGGCUUACUCCCAGGUAAGUGUGCAAAGGAUUGGAAACGUGUGCUUCAGAUCAAAUAGGGAGAGAAGGCAGCCAAGGUUCAGGGGAGGAGGACAUGCUUUGCACAUUCUUGCACAUAAUUGGUUCAAUGAAUGGCAUAUCUUGAGCAAAAGGCUGAGAAUGUACAAUAGCUACUGCCAAUGAGGGUAGGUAGUAUGGAAUUAAAUGAACUGCUUAUCUGGCUUAAUAUAAGGCAACUGAUUUUUUUUUUUUAAAUAUGUUGUUACAUGACAGCCAGAUAACAGUUUCUGAUAGUGGUGUUAUGAAUAAUAGACCCCGAACCCUGGUUGUUGAAUCAGUUUUUUGCAUUUCUCAACAUCUAUAAAGCAUAAAUACAAGUUGAGUAGAACUUUUUAUUUGUAUUCUGGUGUGUCUUUUGCAUGAAUGCCAUUCAAAAGUGUCACAUUCAAGACUAAAGAGCAUUAUUAGUGUCAUUUGAGAUGUCUUUGGUACCGCAGGGAAAGAGGAACUUAAAUGCUAAAGCAAGCAAUUAAAAAAAAAAAAACCUGGGAAACACUUUAUGUUCAAAGUCCCUGAAAUUUUCUUUAUAUUGACUACUAAAAAUUCUUGAAAAUGUAAAAUGGGUAUGAAAAAAACUUGCACUUUUUGAUGCUUCAUCUAUGGUUUGGAACCUUGUAGAGUACAUCAGUAUUCAAAACUAUGCAUUGAAGGCUAAAAUGGAAAGACAAAAACCAAGUAUUGAUAACUAGUCCUUGGAUGGAAUGAACUGAUCCUGUGAAAACCUUUCUGAAAUGAAAUGAAGAUGUGAAACGGCUUAUCUGUUAGUAUUACUCCAAGUUAUUUUGCUGAGGCAAGUACAGGAAACAUUCUGUGGGAUUUCCCAGUAUGCAAUUUUGAUUUUUACAGCCUUAUUUCGCAUGGAAAUAUUUAAGUCUGUCUUUAAAAAGCAGAAGCUCUAAGUAAUUAUUGAUGUGUUGAUGUCAGAAUGACAAUGUACAUGUAUUUAAGUUUUAGCAUUUGAUUUUUUAAAAAUGCAGUUUUUGUAAAUCUUGUAAUUCAGAGGAAUUGUUGAUGUGCCAAUAAUUAAACAAACCAGAUUAAACGGGAUAAUUCCCUGUUAGAUAGCCUUUCACUGAAACAUCUUCUGUUUGAGACUAUGCAAGCUUUUCAACUAUGCACAUCUCUUCAUCAGACAGAAUGAAAAGACUGCUAAAUCUUAGCUGUGUACAAAAAAAGUGUGUCUACUAGUAUGGCUAAUUUAGCCACUUCAGAGGUGAAUAUUCAAAUAAAAUUUUGUGAUUAA